GUAGCUGUCGCUUCCGAUCCCUCAAUUGUCUCGGUUUGUUGACGUUUGCUGGAGUACAGCGGUAGUAACGAGGGGGGUUAUCUGCCCGUUGUUUCAGGCUAGUCGUGUGAGAGCCAAUGAAGCUAGCCAGCUAGCUAGCUUAAAUGGGUUUUCGAAUUAAAAGAUGAUCGCCUCACUUUCUAGAGGAAGUUUGCUGGAUGAGGUUCUUCACGGGAGCUUUAACGAGCAGCAGCUGGCAGCGUAUGUUUCCUGGGUGAACUCUCAGCUGAGGAGGAAACCGGGCCUGAAGCCUAUCACAGACCUCAGGCAUGACCUGCAGGAUGGGGUGGUUCUCACACAACUCAUUGAGAUAGUUGCUGGGGAAGUCCUGGAGGGAGUAUAUAUGACUCCUCAAAACAAAGAGGAAAGCAGGAAGAAUGUGGAGCAAGUCUUGCAGUUCAUUUCCUCCAGACACAUACGCAUGCCACACAUAUCCUCAAGAGACAUUGUCGAUGGUAAUCUGAGAUCUGUAAUGAGGAUUAUUCUGGCGCUGGCUGCCCACUUCAAACCCUCAGCCAAUCACAGGGCUGCUACUGGAAGUGGGAGGAGCUUGUCAAGACCCUAUGCCACCCACAACCCUCUCUCCACCAUUGCCUUAGCACAAGGUGCUGCUGCUGCACUGGCGUCAGCACGAUUUGAUGCAUCACAGCCUACUCGUGUCACACGUAUCCACAGUGGCUGGGGGUUGGAUGUGGAACAGAGUGUGUGUGUUCGUGCACUGGUUGAGCAGUAUGAAAGAGGAGCUCCAGAUGAGCAGGACAAUCCUCAGCCUAGCUGCCUCAGCUCUGUCAGUCCACUGUCAUCUCCAAGGGCUCCAGCCAGCAGCAGCCACUCAGACAGACAGCAGGAAGACUGCCAACAACAGCAGAGCAGUGCUGAGUCAUCUCAUGCUGUAGUGGAGACAGCGUGGGAGGAUCCUCUCAGUGAAACUUUGGAAAAGGAGGUGCAGGAGACACGUAGAAUGGUGUCUGCCUUACAGGCCCUGCUGCUGCAUGGCUCACUGCCUGAGGAUGAGCAGGAUGUGUCUUUGACUUUGGACCAGUGCAACGCUGAACAGCAGCUGGUAGUCAUUCGCAGUCGUUUGGAUCAGAGUAUGGAGGAGGCUCAGGAGCUCAAGAGGGAACUAUUGCGCUGUAAGCAGGAGUUGAGAAACCUCCAGGGAGCCAAGGACGCCCAACAGCAGAGGCUAUGCACUCAGGAGGCUUCAAUACUGCAGAUGAAGCAAGAGCUUCUCAGAGCCAGCAUGACGAAGGAUGAACUCAACAACCAAAAUGCAGAGGUACAGUGGAAGCUGGAGGAAUGUAACAGACUGUGGGGCGAAUGCAAGGUGAGGAACUCCAGCCUGUCUCUUUUAAAAGAGACAGGACAGAAGGACAGACUACUGCAGCAACUGAAACACAAGCUGGAGGAAAGCCAAACACAGCAAAGUGAAUUGCAAAGAGAGUUGGAACAUAAAAACAGCCUGCUGCAGGAGCUAAUGAGUAGUGAUCCGCAACAGAUUCCCACCAGCACAGAAAACAAUGGAUAUUCUUACUCAGGAAAUCCAGCUCCCUCUAUGUCAGGCCAGGCAGAGGAGGUUCAGCUGCUCAGAGAUGCACUUAGGAGUUUGAGAAACAACUUCAGAGACCACGAUCCACAGCACCAUACACUGGACACCCUGGAGCAGGGAAUAGUAUCACUCAUCGACAGACUGCAUUCUCUGCAUACACACAGGGGAAGGGGGAAAUCUCCAAGACGCAAAGGUCAACACACAGACAAUGACUCCUGGCCUUGUACAAAGGUUUGUCAGUCCCACAGUGGUUCUUCUGCCUCUACUAAAAUCCUUUAUUUCACUGGAAAAUCCCCAACACCUUCCAUGAUCAAUAUACUGAAGAGGCUCGGUGAGGUAACGCUCAAGGACGUUAAGGCAGCUGUGGAUCGAGAGGGAAACUACAGGUACCACUUCAAGGCCCUGGACCCCGAGUUUGGCACUGUGAAAGAAGAGGUGUUCCUGGAUGGAGCAAUCGUUCCAGGCUGGGAAGGAAAAAUAGUGGCCUGGGUAGAAGAGGACCGUGGUGAUGAAAGGCCAUUGUAGGUUCAAGCUGAGGGGGUGAAACACUUACUGUUUUUGCCCUUGGUGACUCUGAUCCCAGAGGCACAUCAAGACAACUGUUCAGAAAAGAGGCACAACUGGACAAUUUUUGAGAUUCGACUUAUUAGAAAAGUAUUGUAAGACUUGUGAGCAAGAGAUUUAGUUUCAUCAGCUGGUACUUAACUAUGCUGAGCCCAACUCACUGGAGAAAGUGUAAAUCUGUAAAUGAUAUCUAGAACAUUGUAAAACUCUGUGCCUUACAAAGGAAAGCUAUUUCAUCAUGUGCUUAUUAUUACCAUACUGUAACUGUAGUAUCAAAACUGGACUCAUAAGUAGAAACAUUCUUAAGAAUUAACUAUUUCUAAAACCACAGUAGUGUUGUUGUUUCACCUCUGGUUGAAACCAGAUGUAUGAUGAUUUGGAAAAAUUACGUUAUUUUAAGUUUUCAGUAUCACUUUUUAUUCAUUGUGUAGCAAUGUUGUCAUAAACACCAUCAGAUUACAUGUUAGAAAUAUUUAUUGCACAUAGUUCUUUACCCCAGUUUCAAUUCUGUUUUCAUUGUGAAUGUGAAGUGAAUAUACAGUAUUAUUUACCUUAGCAGGAAAUGGGGGAAAAAAAGUUGCCACUUUUGUAAUACAGAUAUUUUAAAGAAAGAAAAAGAAGGACAAAAUGUGUAAACACAAGGUUUGUCUACAUUCUGACCUCCUGCUGAAAAAUACACUGACCACAUAGCAGCUAGUAUUACUAGUGUUAUGUUUUGUAUUAAUUGCAUACAUUAAAUAACAGUAAAAAGUCUGGUCAUGGUCACGUGAAAAUAUCUAAAAAAAAAGGUCCUUUGCAAAAGGAGAAAUAAUGCCUGAAUGUAUUUCAUACUAAUCAGUUUCACUAAAUAGGACCCAAAUCCAGAUGUGGGUUUAAGUAUCAGUCUGUAGCACACCAGCAUGUAAACAGAACAGGCUCAUACUGAACUGCUGUCAGUGAAAAGAAUUUAUGCUGGAACAUUGAUGUUCAUGUAGAAAUGCAGAUGAACAGCACCGUUAUUUUGUUUUCUUUAUGAAAUUGUUUUGUACAUUUGUGUAAAAUAUUUUCACCAUAUCCUUAAAUAUUUGACUUUUAUGACUUUGAUUUGUUUCAAGAGAUUCUUGUGAGAUGAGAAUCCCUCUGCUCCUGUUACAAAGAUGCUAUGGAUGUGAAUUUGGCAUCAGAGGUUUAAAGGAGACUUUAGUCCAUGAACAAUGGACCAUCCCACUAUUUAUGGUGUGUGUGCGUGUGUCUGUGAGUGUGUGUGUGUGUCUGUGCUCGUGCGUGUGCGUGCAUGUUCUUGUGUGUGCUUCUAUCUUCCCAUCUGUGAUCAGUGUAUUUGCCUUCACUAACAAGUCAACUGAAAUAUGCAUCAGUCUACUUUUUAACUAAAACCCAUUUGAAUGCCAAGACUGCCUGUACGAUAAAAAGUACAAUUUGCUGAUGAGAUGGUUAUUUAGCAUUUGUUUGUUUGUUUACUGAUAUUUUUACAAAAAUAUGUAUGCUGGUUGUUAACGAAGCCCUUUGUUGGAUGUUAGAAAGACAUAUUUUGAAA